GUUGGUCAAGAUCGUAAUCCUUGAAAUGUCACAAAGAUUCACAAAGAUCAGACGGAUGAAAAUCACCAAAAUGACCAAGAGGGACCGCCAGGCGAACAAGGACGACCAAGAUCGCCAGGCGAACAAGGUGCCCACCGGCACCACUUUCAACGCGUUGGCCUUAGUUGGCGCGGGUGUCGGCGGUUUCUCCUCUCUCUCUCGUUUGUGGCUCAAGCCUCCCAACACAGUCAAGGACAAAGCACAACCGGAAAGAUCUCAGAGGAAACCGGCAGGCCUAAAUGCAUAUGGUGCCGAAAUCAGUGAUCAACAGACAAAGGACCCCCGGCGUAUUCUGAUAGCAGAAAUAACGAAUGGGAGCAGCUGUAAUCAGUUCGUAACGUCUUGUCAGUUCUGAUCAAUGACGAGCAUCAGUGUAGGAUGAACGUACGAAAUCAAUGAUGAUAGCAUAGGCGUUCCCAUAUGAAGCCCGUGGAGCUUUCCUCGUCAUGAUAUCCCAAUGAAGAAGCUGAGACUUCCUCCUUGCAACCCCAAUGAACACUAUCAGGGAGCAAA